AUGGAACCGCAGGAUAGAGCGAAACGGCCCCAGGAAGAGGGCAAUGGCGCCCCAAUUGGCGAUCAAAAUGGUUCGAAUGGUGAACCUGCUUCCAAGAAAAUAAAGCUCGACAGCAGGGCCAAGGGCGUUGCCCCGAUCAAGGCAGAGUAUCUCAUAGUAGCACCCCGUCAAACAGAGAAGCCUGCCGAAGUCGAAGCCGAAGCCGAUGAUGAUGAUGCCGAGGGGCGGACGGCUCCCAUGCCUCAAGAGGCGCAACAAGGCCCCAAAAAGGACGGGAAGCGGAAGAAGCAAAAGGGGCAGAACAAGGAAAGGGAGUUCGGCACCUUCUCGGACGCCCAGCGGUUAUGCAACACAGUCGCGUGGACUCCCGAGUUUUCUCCUCGCCCCUGCAAGCACGGCGACCGCUGUAAUGCCCUCCACGACAUACGCAAAUACCUGAAAGAAGGCCGCCGUCCCGAUAUCACGACUUUUGGGGGCAAGUGCCCGGUGUGGGAGAAGUACGGCAAGUGCCCGUCCGGUUGGCGUUGUCUGUUCGUCCACAGCCACAUGGACGAAGUCAAGCACGAGGACGGGCGGUCGGAGCUGGUUCUAGUCGGUGACGCCACCAAGGCACCAGAAGGCGAGGAGGAGGCGGCGGGCGAGAUCAAGCCCGGCAUGGUCAACAUGGUGCCGGUCGGCAUCAAGUACGACCUCUCCAAGAAAAAGAUUCCUCUAGAGAAAUCGGACCAGUACCUAGACUGGCUGGCCAAGGAUACCGUAUACCUCGCCAGACAUUAUCAGAAGCACAAGGACGAUGAGACCAAGCCGAAUGAUUACAGGGCGCAGUACAUCGAGCCUCCAUUCAAGCCGUCAGAAAAGCGGAGGCUUUACUUCGGACGAGAGACGCCUGUUCUCGCGCCGCUUACCACGCAAGGAAACCUUCCUUUCCGCCGGCUCUGCGUCGAACUUGGUGCUCAACUGACAUACUCUGAGAUGGCUCUGGGGCUUCCCUUGCUACAGGGGCAAAAGGCAGACUGGACGCUGAUGAGGGCUCAUGAGAGCGAGAUCACGCCGCCCCGUUUCGAUCCCGGCGGUCCUAUCAUUCAAAGCUACGACAACUCAAAAGACCUCAAAUUUGGCGCCCAGAUCGCGGCCAACGCCCCUUGGGUUGCUGUGAAGGCCACCGAGGCCUUGUCACAGCUUCUUCCUCAUCUGCGUCUGGUCGAUCUGAACUGCGGUUGCCCGGUAGACAUGGUGUUCAAGUCUGGAGCCGGGUCCGCGCUCCUGGAUUCUCAUUCAAAACUGGAGAGGAUGAUCAGGGGUAUGAACGCGGUAUCAGGAGAAGUGCCCAUCACGGCGAAAAUCAGGAUGGGUGCUAGGGACGACAAGCUCACGGCUCAGAAGCUCGUCGAGCGUCUGGCUCUCGGCAGCGAGGACAUGCGCGACAUUGUUGGUGCGCCCGGGUGUGCAGCCGUCACCCUACACGGCCGGACGAGACUGCAGCGGUACACGAGGGCCGCUGAUUGGGGAUACAUCGCCGAGUGCGCGGCGCUGAUCAAGCAAUUCAACGAGAAGACCCAUGACCUAGCCGACACGGUCCGAGAGGCGGACGCGAACACGUUACCAAAUGGCGGGAAGAUGUACUUCUUGGGCAACGGUGACUGUUACUCGCACGUCGAUUACUUUGAACACGUCGACCAGGCUAAGGUUGACAGCGUCAUGAUCGGGCGCGGCGCCAUCGUCAAGCCUUGGAUCUUCGAGGAGAUCGAAAAGGGCCAGUAUCUGGACAAGUCUAGCUCGGAGCGGUUGACGUACAUCGAAAAGUUUGUCCGAUACGGGAUGGAAGCCUGGGGCUCGGACGAGCUCGGCCUCAACUACACGCGCCGGUUCCUCCUCGAGUUUCUCAGCUUCUUCUGCCGCUACGUGCCCAUCGGGCUACUGGAGCAUCUACCGCCGAAUCUCAACGAGCGGCCGCCUGCUUACCGCGGGCGUGACGAUCUCGAAACGCUGUUUGCGAGUAAGAAUUACAAGGACUGGAUCAAGAUCAGUGAGAUGUUCCUUGGCCCAGCACCACCUGGGUUCAAGUUCCAGCCAAAACACAAGUCGAGCAGCUACGAGAUUGAGGCCGAGGGUUGA